AUGGAGUGCGAGCUAUGCGGGACAUCAGGCCGAAAGAAAUUCUUUUGUGAAGUGUGUCUCAACGAACGACUCCUUAUCCACAAAUCUUCCCUCAAACGUCUCAGUGCUGCCCAUCAUGCUACCGUCCAGAAAGCCGCCCAGUUACUCGAAGCCCCUGGUGGAAUACAGGAAAGACGAGUCCUGAAAUCCAAACGCGCCGCUCUAAUUUUAAACAUAAGGUCCCUUGAAGCAGAACGAACACGCUCCUUGGAGCAAUCGGAGUCCCUCAAAGCUUCAAUCUCCAAGAAAAAACGAGAACUGGCCAUACGACAGAGUCGGUUACUUGCAGCUCGAUCUCAGUUGCGAUAUCGAUUGUCCGCACUCCAUCAACCCGCUUCAGAAUAUGGGGGUCGGGCUUUCUGUGGACCUUCCGGUCAAACGAUGGACUCCUUACCUCAACAAAUCGCCUCGGUCCACCAAGACUGGGAUGAGGUUACGCAAGAACUGUCACAUCUCAGAGAGAAAUUGAUCACUCAACUCUGCAGCAUCUACACUAUCACCGUCAAUCACCCAGCACAGUCUAAUUCCUGCCUCGAAAAAUACAACCCAUCUGGUCGUGAACGCGAUCCCAAGUCUGCAUCGCCGGCCGUCCCAACACCUUCCUCAAGAAUACUAGGACUGUGUUUGCCAGUCUCAACAGAAAUCAAAUCUUAUCACCAUGAAGAAAUCUCCGCGGCAACGCUUUAUACCUCUCAUCUUCUCAGACUGCUUGCGAUGUACCUAGGUAUCAAGCUACCCUUCCAGUUGAUCAUGGGGCCUUUUUUGAGUAUCAGGGCCCCACCGAACAGUCUUUGGAGUAAGAAGCAUCCCUCACCUUACCCAUUGCACAUCCCCAGUUCAAUUACCUCAAUGGUAAAUUCAUCUGGAUCUCAAGUUUCGCAGAUCGCUUUUCUCAGUGGCUUGUGCAUGUUGGCAGUCAACGCGCAUUAUCUACUACUGACUCAACAACCUCAACUUGUUCUUCGAUCGCUCAAUUCAAAAGACCGCACCCUCCCCCCACCCUCCCAGUCUCAAACCCCUAUGCCGAGGCCUCAGCCUCUUCCAUCGGGUUGCAAGCCUACCGACUUGCUUCGAAAUCUCCAUUCUCUUUGCCUCACUCGUCCAAUCGGUCAGCUCAGCCACCUCACCGGUCGAACGUUCCUGAUGCGACCCGAUGACCCUUCCAUCCCUGCAUGUAUAGAUUUGCAGGAAGUCAUCAAAGAUGUAUUGCAAUCCAAGCCUGAAGACUCGGUUGAUGAAGGCUGGAGCAUCAUUUGA